UUACACAGAACACCCGGGGGAGGGAUCUCUCGGGAUCAGAUCACCGCUCAGAGAAAUGAAACUUAGUUUUGGCGUUCACCGACCAGAGAGGAAUCUGCAGAAGAUGCAUGAGAGCGAGAUGGAGGCCAUCAUCUCUCAGCCCAGGGUCAUCACCACGCAGACGAUGACUGUAUCGCACAGUCCAUAUUGGAGCAGUGGCCUGUGUGACUGCUGUGAAGACUGCGGGAUAUGUUGCUGUGCCUUCUGGUGCUUUCCUUGCCUUCAGUGCAGCACAGUGAGUGAUUUCGGGGAGUGCCUGUGUCUUCCCCUCCUGGACCCCUGCCUGAUGGGAUAUGUGGGGUGCAGUGGAGUCUGUCCUCCCAUAACGAUGGCCAUGAGAUCCGCUGUUCGGGAGAGAUACAAGAUUCCGGGGUCCAUCUGUGAUGACUGUGUCACGUCCUGCUGCUGCUAUUCCUGCACCUGGUGUCAGAUCGCCCGCGAGAUCAAGCACAGAGGUCGAGCACCCACAGUAACCACGGCCCAGACCACCCUGAUAAGCAACGCUCCCAUCAUUCCACAGGCCCAUGGCUACACCCCCAUUGUGGAGCAGAAAUACAGCCCCUGAAGCACCAUAACCCCCAACAUGCACUACCCCGCUAUUUCUACUUCCAUCUACACCCUCGCAGAGUCCAUCAUCAAUAUCGUCCUUUAUCUCUUUUUAUGGCAAUAAAUACAAUUUUCCAGA